AUGUCUGGUGGGAAAGCAGAGCCUUCUCUUGUGCCGAAACCUCUCGCUAUUCGCGACGAGCAUGAAUCCGAAGGAACCAAUCGCGUAUUAAAACCCGAAUGGAAAAUGUCGAACCGCACAUUAUUGGUCUUCAUUACCAUCUGCGUUUUAACACUCAUGGUUGCUUUGGAUAGCACAUCAAUCGGUGUAGCAUUGCCAACAAUUUCAAGAGCGCUUCAUAGCUCCGGCAUAGAAACCUUCUGGGCCGGUACUGGAUUUUUGUUGUGUGCAACAGUCUUCCAGCCAAAUUUUGUUUCCUUUUCCACCAUCUUUGGUCGUCGAUCUCUCUUCAUUGUUGGCAUAGUUUUCUUUUUCAUCGGUGCCGUGGUAGCAGGUGUAUCGAAAAAUGUUACCCAACUACUAGUUGGUCGAUGCAUACAAGGUGUCGGUGGGGGAGGCAUCUCGGCCAUUACCGAAGUUCUCAUUGCUGACUUGGUGCCGAUACGAUAUCGAGGACAGUAUUACGGCCUCAUGAAUGCCAUGUGGAGCGUUGGAUCUGUCUGUGGUCCCAUUAUUGGAGGCGCUUUCGCAGGCAGCGCGUCAUGGCGGUGGAUAUUCUACAUCAAUUUCCCCUUCGUCGGAAUUGGAAUUGUUUGUGUUGUCGUCUUUAUGAACCUUCACUUCGUCCCAACAUCACUUUCUGACAAGCUUCGUCUAAUUGAUUACAUCGGUUCCGUCAUCUUCAUCGGUAGCACGACGGCAUUUCUCAUUCCCUUGACGUGGGGUGGCGUCGUGUACAGCUGGCAUUCGUGGAGAACACUGGUCCCUCUCAUUAUUGGCAGCGUCGGGUGUGGCGUAUUUGUCGUUUAUGAAGCGUACUUUGCCCCUGCUCCCAUCAUUCCGAUCGAUCUCUUCAAGAAGCGUACUGCCAGCGUCUCGUUUGUCAGUGCCGGGCUCUCGGGGCUGCUCGUUUGGUGCAUCGUCUACUACAUGCCGUUGUAUUUCCAGGCCGUGAAAGAGUACAGCCCCGUCUUAACCGGAGUGUGUAUCUUCCCUCAAACGUUCACUGUGGCACCCGCAGGUGCGAUAGCUGGCAUAGCCAUCACAAAGUCUGGCAGAUACCGAUGGGCAAUUUGGUCGGGGUGGGCUCUGGCGACUCUAGGUCUGGGUUUGCUUUGCAUUCUGGAGGUCGGAACAAGUGUGCCUGGUUGGAUCUUCCUGAAUGUGGUCUCAGGAAUCGGUCUCGGAUUCCUCUUUCCAUCGGUGGCCUCAGCAAUACAAGCGGCUACUGCUCCGGAGCAUGUUCCAAUGGCUUUGGCCAUGUUUAGUUUCUUCAGAUCGCUCGGCCAGGCUGUAGGAGUCGCCAUCGGAGGGGUGAUAUUCCAAAACCGGAUGACCGCAAACCUCCUCAAUUACCCAAAACUUGCGCCAAACGCCACAGCUUAUGGUGCCGACGCCGCCGGCUUAGUCGAUAUCAUCAAAUCGAUGCCCAGUGGCCAGAACAAGCAUGAUCUUCAACAGGCCUUUGUCGAUAGCCUGCGCAUUGUUUGGGCAGUCUGCUGCGCUCUGGCUGGUUUCGGGCUUCUCCUCAGUCUGCUCAACCAAAGUUACAGCAUUGAUCAAGAACUUGCUAGCAGCCAAGGAAUCGUUGAGAAACAUCAGCUUCGUCCUCAUGCGGAGAGCACGGGAGCUUGA